AAUCUCUCCAAAGUCCAUUCCACUGUCACUCUCAAACUCAAACAUCUUAUAUACAACACAACAACUCCAUAAACCCUUUAACGCCACUCCCUCUUUUGCUACCACCCCACAUGGCCCUUCUUCACAAGGUGGCACCUUUCUCCUCUCUCCACUCCCCCGCCACCCCAAACCCCCAUUUCCCCCGCCGCCACUCCAUUUCCUUCUCCCUCUCCCCCUUCACCGAGAAGCACUCCACAGAGAGGUACCACAGGGACCAAUGGGUCUACCACACCAACCCAGAGCCCCAAACGACGUCGUUCCCCCUCCCUUUCGACUCCCCCUCCAUAAGGGAGGACGACAUCGCGCUGCAGCUGCCGGAGCUGAGGAACCUCCUCCGCGUGCUCCGGGAGAAGAGGGGGCACUGCGGCGGUGGAGGGGAGUGUGUGCCGGGGAACGUGUUCUUGGUGGGCACUGGCCCUGGGGACCCUGAGCUUCUCACUCUCAAAGCUGUGAGAGUGAUGAAGGGUGCUGAUUUGUUGUUGUAUGAUAGGUUGGUGUCCAAUGAUGUGCUGGAUUUGGUUGGACCUCAGGCUAAGCUUCUCUAUGUGGGAAAAACUGCUGGCUAUCAUAGUAGGACACAGGAGGAAAUACAUGAGCUUCUUUUGAGUUUUGCAGAAGCUGGGGCAACUGUUGUCAGACUUAAAGGGGGCGACCCAUUGGUGUUCGGGAGGGGUGGAGAGGAAAUGGAUUUUUUGCGACAGCAAGGUAUCCACGUGAAAGUUAUUCCAGGGAUAACUGCUGCAUCUGGAAUAGCAGCAGAGCUGGGAAUUCCAUUAACUCAUCGUGGUAUUGCAAAUAGUGUGAGAUUUCUCACAGGGCAUUCGAGGAAAGGAGGAACCGAUCCUCUCUUUGUAUCGGAAAAUGCUGCCGAUCCUGAAUCUACCUUGGUGGUUUAUAUGGGCUUGUCAACCUUCCCUUCACUUGCACAGAAGUUAAUGCAGCAUGGUCUGUCGCCGCAGACACCAGCUGCAGCCAUUGAGCGAGGGACCACACUUCAGCAGCGCACAGUUUUUGCUGAACUAAAGGACCUUUCUGAGAAAAUUUCAGCUGCUCAGCUGGUGUCACCAACACUGAUUAUUAUAGGAAAAGUUGUUGAAUUAUCACCAUUUUGGCCUGUUUCUGCAAAAGAAGAAUCAUGUUUAAUGCAGGCAUGAUAUGAUAUUGAAGAGAAACAUUAUUGAUGGAAAUGAAGGAUUACCUUGGUGAUAGUUGGUUUAGCAUGAAAGCAUGCACAACACAAGGGGUAUCGGUAAACAUACUCAAAUCUAUUCUGGAGAUGUGGGAAAGCAGGCAAGAUGUCUGAUGUUUAUGGAAAUGCAGAACUUCUUCCCUGGUUUUGGGGUAUCUAUUGGAGUGGUUGGCUUAGGCAGAACUGUUUCAGAGCCAAUUUUGAUUUUCCAUGUUCCAGAUUGGGAUUAAAACAAAGUAAUACACAGGUUUCUUGAUCUGGUAACUUAUUCCAGAUCUGGUAACAGAUUUACUCUCAUUUUUGUAAAGAAACUAAUACACAGGUUUCUUGAUCUGGUAACUUAUUCCAGUCAUUGGGAGAAAACUUGUACCAUAAGCUAUUUAGCAUCUUUCUUUCAAGAAGGAAUAUGAAUGUGUUAAGUCAUGAUUUCAUUUGUUCCA